CGUUCAGUUCUACACUCAUUCUGCGAAAAUGAGUACUUAUUUGUCAUUGUUGAGUAUGAUAUUGCUGAAGAUCAUCCAAAAUGCAGCUUCUAAAGAGGCACCUCCUCAGGGCUUCAGAUAUGCCUCUUAUGACGUGAUCAUCCCAAGGAAGCUGUCUCCCAAGUAUGGGCAAGAAGAAACCCAGCAUGUGAGCUAUCUCCUGCACAUUGAAGGAAAUCCCCAAGUGGUAUUUCUCAGGCAAAGAAGGAACUUUAUCCCAAAGGUCUUUCCUGUCUUCACUUAUAAUACAGCAGAUCAUCUCCAGGUGGAUCAUCCAUUUAUCAAGGAUGACUGUUUCUACCAUGGAUUUAUACAGAGAAAGUCCUCUUCUCGAGUCACCCUCAGUACAUGUUCAGGAGGACUGAGAGGUCUCUUGCAAAUGGAAAAUAAGACCUAUGAAAUUGAACCAGUCCAGGAAUCUUCUAUCUUUCAACACGUGGUGUUUCGGUUAGAAGUAGAGGAAGGGGCUCUCCGAAUGACUUGUGGAGUAGGAGAGGAACAACAGAGUCAUCAAGAGGACAUAAUUCCUGAAACAGACAAUCUUGGAAACAAAGUUGUUUUUGGAAAAUCCUGGUGGCCACACAGGAGAUACGUUAAGGUAGCAAUUGUGAUUGAUCAUGAACGAUAUUUGCAGUUUCACAGAAAUGAAUCUUUUAUUACCUUGCAAGUUCUAGAUAUUGUCCACACUGCAAAUUCGUUCUAUGAUUCACUUUCUGUUCAUUUAUCAAUAAAAGGCUUAGUGAUCUGGUCACAAAAAAAUCUCAUAAACAUUACCCAUAGAGCAGAGGACACACUUUUCUCAUUUAAUGAGUGGAGAAGAAAACAUCUGCUUAAAAUUUUUAAAAAUGAUGUUGGUCACUUAUUUGCAUAUAAAGAUUUUGGGAUAACACUAGGAACUGCAUAUGUUGGAACUAUAUGUAGCAUUUAUGGGGCAAGUGCUAUUGAAUCCUAUAGAACUCCCAGUUUGUUUAUUAUGUCUGUCAUAUUUACCCAUGAACUGGGACAUGUUCUUGGAAUGAUACAUGAUGAAAAAUAUUGUCAUUGUGGAAAGAGUGAAUGCAUUAUGGCACCCUAUGCAACAGAGACUGAUAAAUUUAGUAACUGCAGUUACAAGGAUUAUUUCCACUAUAGAAACACUGACUGUUUAUUGGUCCCACCAGACACUAACACAACAUUUAAAUUUGAAUCCUGUGGUAACCAAAGAGUGGAAAAGGGAGAGCAGUGUGACUGUGGGUCAGAAACACAAUGCAAGUCAGAUCCCUGCUGUCAAGCUAAUUGUAUGUUGCGCCCUGGGGCUGUGUGUGCCUUUGGACUGUGCUGUGCUAACUGCCAAUAUCGUCAACAUGGAACUGUUUGCAGAGAGAAGAUUAGCAGUUGUGAUCUCCCUGAAUAUUGCAAUGGGACUUGGGAGCACUGUCCAGAAGAUAUGCAUGUGCAAGAUGGUGCCGUGUGCAAUGAUGGCGUGUAUUGUUAUCAUGGGAACUGCACGACUCAUGAUAUGCAGUGCAAAAUGAUAUUUGGUAGUGGAGCAACAGUCGCUUCUGAAGUUUGCUUCAUAGAAGUGAAUAAUAAAGGUGAUCGCUUUGGCAACUGUGGCCUUAAACAUGGAAUUUACAAGAAGUGCGAUACUGGGGAUAGCCUGUGUGGCCGUAUCCAGUGUAAAAGUGUAGAAAUGCCUUCUUUGGAGGAUCACAGUACAAUAAUUCAUACUUCCACUGGAGUUAAUCAAUGCUGGGGCACUGACUACCACACUGGGAUGAAGGUAAAUGAUAUUGGAGCAGUGAUAGAUGGUACUUCUUGUGGCAAUAACAGGUUGUGUAUUGAGGGUAGUUGUCUCAAUGUUUCCAUUUUGAAAUAUGACUGUGAUGUCACAAUGUGCCACAAUCGGGGAAUAUGUAACACCCUCAAACACUGUCACUGUGAUGUUGGAUGGGCCCCUCCAGACUGCAGAAAUAAAGGCUAUGGAGGUAGCAUAGACAGUGGGCCACCUCCAGUUUCAGUACAGGCUAAAGCUAAUAUGAAAACCACAGCUGUAGCUGCAAUACUCUGUGCUUUUUGUCUCAUAGUAGUUUUUGUUGGCCUGAUUAUCUGGUUCAAGGAUGAACUAAGAAUCCGAUUUGGAAAAUUUCAGGGAAGAGUCCAUGCUAUGAAAUCAAGACAUGAAGGAACACCAGAAGAACUCACACUUGCUUAGAAUUCACAACGCAUCUAGUAUAAUCACAAGAAUUAACAAUCAAUUUUUAAAAAGGCAUCUGGAAUUUCAUUGUAAUAAAUUAAAUUAAAUUGUUUUAAUUUUUUUAGUUUAAAACUCCAAGUUCCACUUUGGGAGGAAGAGUUAAUUCACCUUGUCCCAGUGUGAUUGUUACGAGUUCCUAUCAGCAUGCAGAAACCUGUGCUAGCAAUGAAGUACAAUUAAAAUCCAUCAGCUCUUUUAUUACUUCUUCAUUUUCUGCUAGAAUAUUUUUGUUCUCACCAAAAAUUAAUCCAGUCACUCACAAUAGGUUAAACAUGUUCUUCUCUUGCUGAAAGUCAGAACAUUUCUUUCCAGGAUUGAUGAAAAAUUUGAAGGAUGGCCCCUGUAUUGUAGAUUAUUCAAAUGAUAGAACAUCUCAAGUAUCUUUGAAACAAGCAAAUGGCUUGUAUUGACCCAUUUAUGGAUUUUUUCCAAUUUUCCUGAAAGGGGUGUGUGCUCAAAUUCAAAACUCAGUAUUAUCUAUUCUUUAGCUGUCAGUUUUUGUUCUUGCUGUAUUAAGCUCCACCCGUAUUCUAAAGAAUUCCAUGUAUUGUUGCUAUGGUCAGAAUUUUUCAACUUCCGAUUCAUACACAUCCUUCUUUAUUUUUCUCUAAUCCACAAAAGUUAUAAUGGACUCUCUUUCCACGAAUAAGGGGUCAGAGGUUCUAUUUUGAUGGUCUUCUUUCCCUUGAUGGGAAAUGGAUAUGUACAUUUCAUGGCUAUUUGUGAUGCUGUUGAGGAAGAGUUUGGCUGAGACCAUUGAAGAGAGAUGGCCUCCAGGCUUCAGGCGCAUUUCUUAUGAAACAAUC